GGGGAGACGCUUCAUGGGCAGAAUAUUCCGGACAAAAACACAUGUACAGAAUUUGAUUAGUGAUUAUUCCUCGUGAGGAAUAACUCCGAAUUUUCCAGGAGUUGAUAAUAUACAUCAGCAAUGCCAGUCCCAUUGCUGAGUGAAGUGAUAGAGUUGGAGCUAGGAGCCCAAGAGCCCUGGCCCCAGCCCAUAAAGCUGUACCAGCCCUACGAGGUAGAGCAAAUUCUCCUCCCAGACAACGCCAAUUGCCUAGCAGUGCAAGCAUUCCUCCACAUGCUGAAUCUCGAUUACCAGAUAGAGCCACGAAAAAAUGCUGAGUACAUGUCGCCCUCAGGACGAGUGCCCUUUAUCCAAUGUGGAGCAUUCGUUGUCUCUGAUUUUGAUAAUAUAGUUGGAUUCCUGGGUAAUAAGGGAGCGAGACUGUCUCAGGACCUGGAUGAAGCCGAGAAGACAGACAUGAGGGCGUAUAUAGCCCUCGUGAACACCUGUCUUGCCAAUGCUGAACAGUACAUCUGCUGGGUGGAGCCAUCAACCCUGGAGGAAGUAACGAAACCGAGACAUGGAUCUGUGUAUCCCUGGCCCCUCAAUCACAUCCUCAAUUGGCAGAAGGAAAGGCAGAUCACGAAGAAAUUGAGAGUUCUGGGAUUUUACAGCAAGAGCAUCGAGGAGAUCUACCAGGAGGUCAAGAUGUGCUGCACUGCUCUCUCAGAGAGGCUUGAUGGCAAGCCCUAUUUCUACGGUAACAAAGGUCCUAAGGAACUCGAUGCUCUCGUUUUUGGACAUCUUUUUACUAUCUUAACAACACCAAUACCUGCUAGGAGACUUGCUGAGAUUGUCAAGGAGUUUCCGGAUCUGGUUGAUCUUUGUAAAAGAAUCGAGAAGAGCUUUUUUUCCUUACGUACUAUUGAGAACGAGGCGACUAACAGGACGAAUCGAGAGCGAGUGGGUAGUGAGGACUGCUUGGACAGUUUGAUUGACAAUCGUAAUGUUAAACUCGAAAAAAAACAGAAGUCCGGAUUUUUUUACUUUCCCGUUCUGUAAUCCAGACUCAUGGCUUUAUUUAUUUAUUUAUUUUCGCUGUAAUUCUCUAAUUUUUUCCUCAAGGAUAAUUGCGAGAUUGAA